AUGGGUAUAAAAGGAGAAGUGAAAAAAAUCCGCACUCUUUUCAUCUUCGAGAGAACCCGUAUUCACAUUGACAGCGUCGAAGAUUUGGGAGAUUUUAUGGAACUUGAGGUAUGUUUACGCGAUGAUGAGUCUGCUGCUGAUGGUGAACGUGUAGCAAAUGAUAUCAGACAAAAGCUAGGUAUUGAGAAUGAAGAUCUACUUGAAGGAGCUUAUAUGGACAUGCUCAACAAAAGCUAA